CACGGCCACCCCAAUUCAGCACACACAGCCCCGCAGCGCAUCCCAGUCGCCGCCCAGCCUCCAGCAACCCUGCCGCCGGAGCCGCGCCGAGAGCCCCACGGAGCUGCCAUGCUGAGCGGGCUAAGCAGUUGUGUGGUGGCCCGCGCCCUGGUCCUGGCCGGCCUCUGGUUGACCGCGGCCGGGCGCCCGCUGGCCUUCUCGGACGCGGGCCCGCACGUGCACUACGGCUGGGGCGAGCCCAUACGCCUGAGGCACCUGUACACCGCCGGCCCCCACGGCCUCUCCAGCUGCUUCCUGCGCAUCCGCGCCGACGGCUCCGUGGACUGCGCACGGGGCCAGAGCGCACAUAGUUUGUUGGAGAUCAGGGCAGUCGCUCUUCGGACCGUGGCCAUCAAGGGCGUGCACAGCGUACGGUACCUCUGCAUGGGCGCCGACGGCAGGAUGCAGGGACUGCCUCAGUACUCGGAGGAAGACUGUGCCUUCGAGGAGGAGAUCCGCCCGGAUGGCUACAACGUGUACCGGUCUGAGAAGCACCACCUGCCCGUGUCUCUGAGCAGCGCCAGACAGAGGCAGCUGUACAAGGGCAGGGGCUUCCUGCCACUGUCUCACUUCCUGCCCAUGCUGCCUGUGACCCCAGCAGAGACCGGGGACCUCAGGGACCACUUGGAAUCCGACAUGUUUGCUUCGCCCCUGGAGACUGACAGCAUGGACCCGUUUGGGAUGGCCACCAGACUCGGGGUGGUGAAGAGUCCCAGCUUUCAGAAAUGA